AUGUUCAUCGAUUGUAAGAAGGCGUUUAAUAGCGUGGAAUUCGGAUCCCUUCGGACGGCUCUAAGCGAAUUUGGCGUUCAUUCGAAAAUUGUCAACACUCUCAAGAACAUCUACGACGAAGCGAAAGUGUCUUUCCGAAUCCGCGGGCACGACGUUCCAGUACAAAUUGGAAGAGGCGUGCGGCAAGGCGACACUAUUUCGCCCAACCUUUUCAACGCUACCUUUGAGCAUGUCUUUCGAAGACUCGACUGGAGUGAACAUGGAAUCUCCGUUAACGGGACGCCUCUCACACACCUCCGGUUUGCUGACGACAUCGUUUUGUUCGCUUCAAGUUCGAAGAAAUUAGAAGAAAUGGCAAACCAACUGGCCACUGAGAGCAAGAAAUCUGGCUUGAUCAUCAACUUCUCGAAAACGUAUAUCAUGUCAAACCGAGCAAAGAGAAAAGUGGAAGUAGUAUACAAAUCAGAAGUGUGGACCCUCAAGAAAACAGAUAUGAACAUGUAA